AUGACUGAAAUGUUUUCACAAUUUUUAAUAUUAUGUCUACUUUUGUCUAUCGUUUAUUUUAAUUAUGGUUCUGGUCAAUUAAUUUGUUGGCGAUGUGAUCCAUGUCCCGAACCACAUAGUAAUACAUCAUCAUUGGUUUCAGCUGUUACUUGUACAUCAUCUCAAACUAUUUGUGUAAAAAAUACUGUUCGAAUUCUUAAUCGAGCACCACAAAUAUCUAAAGGAUGUGUUUCAUCUUGUACUCCAAGUUCAUCGAAUUUUUUUGGUCAAGGUGCAUUUGUUGAUUGUUGUAAUACUAAUUAUUGCAAUUUAUCAACACGAAAUCAAUUAUCAUCAUCGAUCUAUUUACUUUUUAUUAUCAUAUUCACAUUCAUUUUCUAUCAUUAA